AUGAAAACUCGUCAUGUACAGCAUGCACAGCUUUUGACGACAAUUGACCCAAAAGAGAUUGAAAUUCAUAGAAUCAUUGGUGAAGGGAACUUCGGUCGGGUAUGGAGUGCUCGCUGGGGAACUGCGAGUGUCGCAGUGAAGGAGUUCGGGUUCGCUCAGGCUGCGGUUGCUGGAAAAUCAGUCAUGCAGCAAGAGAUCAUCGAAGAGAUUAUAGGUGAAGCCGGCAUGAUGGCAAUCCUUCGACAUCCAAACGUGCUGCAGCUUUUUGGGUGCUGCUUGACUGCACAGGCCAUUUGGAUUGUAAGUGAGCUAUGUUCACUUGGCAGUCUUCGCCAAUUGCUUGACGAUAACGAUCGGAUUCUCUCAGUUGAGACAAGAAUCAACCUUAUCCUCCAAGUAGCUGAGGGAAUGGCAUAUUUGCACAGUCAAAUUCCUCCAAUUCUUCACAGAGACUUGAAGAGCCAUAAUAUUUUCGUUCAUGAAACGUUCACAAAUGCAGAGGACAGUAGUAUGGACACGCAUUCAACGAUCAUUGCGAAGAUCGGAGAUUGGGGAUCGGCUAGGGCAACGUUAUCGGGUUCGAAGACUAUGACCCAUGGUGUUGGAACAGCAUGCUGGCUGGCGCCUGAAGUAAUCAAUCACGCCCGCGCCUCCGAAUUCAGUGAUGUAUAUGGCUUCGGAAUUAUUUUGUGGGAACUGGCUACUCGGGAAGAGGUGUACCAAGGCUUGGAGACGACCCAGAUUAUCGCAAAAGUCGCAAACGAAAAUCUACGGCCUCCUAUACCGCUUGACUGCCCUUGGAAGGACAUUAUGGUGAAAUGCUGGGCAGAAAAUCCUCAAGAUCGUCUUAGAUUCAUCGAUAUCAUCAAGGAGCUACAUGCGCUUAUGAAAAGGAUGGGGGAAUCUAGCUGA